AUGGAUUCCAACCUGCCUUUCAGAUUGCUGAAGCUGAAGAAGAUGUUUAUUUCUAAAUUUGGAUCGGCUCCCAAGUUUUAUGCCCGUGCACCAGGAAGAGUCAACUUGAUAGGAGAACAUAUAGACUAUUGUGGAUAUGCUGUGCUCCCUAUGGCUAUAGAGCAAGACAUACUUAUAGCUGUUGAACCUGUAAAAACUGAGGUUGUCCAACUAGCCAAUACAAACCCUUUGUACUUGGAUUUUAGUACCAGUGUGAAUAACAUUCAUGUUAACAAAACCAAACCUGUGUGGCACAACUACUUUCUCUGUGGUUUGAAAGGAGUUCAGGAACAUUUCGGUCUUAAUAGCCCAACUGGAAUGAAUUGUCUGUUAGAUGGAACCAUCCCACCAAGUUCUGGUCUGUCUAGUUCCAGUGCCUUGGUAUGCUGUGCGGGACUUGUGACACUUACCGCGAAUGGAAAGACCCUUUCAAAGGUGGAAGUUGCAGAAAUUUGCACCAAGAGUGAACGCUACAUUGGCACAGAGGGAGGAGGCAUGGACCAGUCGAUAUCAUUCCUUGCAGAAGAAGGAACUGCCAAGCUGAUAGAGUUCAGUCCUCUGAGGGCAACUGAUGUGAGACUUCCAAGUGGAGCAGCUUUUGUUAUUGCCAACAGUUGUGUUGAAAUGAAUAAAGCAGCAACUUCUCAUUACAAUAUUAGGGUGAUGGAGUGUCGUCUGGCUACAAAGCUUCUCGCUAAGUCAAAAGGCCUAGAAUGGAAAACAAUGCUGAAGCUCCAAGAUGUGCAGGCCAAGCUAGGAGUUAGCCUGAAGGAAAUGCUGACCGUUGUCGAGGAGGUAUUUCACCCUGAGCCUUACAGCACAGAGGAAAUUUGUACAUGCCUGGGAAUUAGCCUUGAGGAGCUCCGCACUCAGAUCCUCAGUCAAAACACGCAAGAUGUUACCACCUUUAAAUUGUACCAGCGUUCUAAGCAUGUGUAUAGCGAAGCUGCCAGAGUGCUGGAAUUUCAAAAGAUAUGCAGUGAGGCACCUGCCAGUGCAAUCCAGCUGCUGGGAGAAUUAAUGAACCAAAGUCAUAUCAGCUGCAGGGACAUGUAUGAAUGCAGCUGUCCUGAACUGGAUCAGCUGGUGGACAUCUGCCUGCAGUUUGGGGCCAUCGGGUCACGCCUGACUGGAGCAGGAUGGGGUGGCUGUACUGUUUCAAUGGUGCCUUCUGACAAGCUGAGUACCUUCCUAACAAAUGUGAAAGAAGCUUAUUACAAAAGCAAUGCCCAAAGGUUAGCUUUGGAGAAGAAUAGUCUGUUUGCUACCAAACCUGGAGGUGGAGCUUUGGUUUUUCUUGAGGCUUAGAGAAUGUAAAAAUUUCAAAGAAACUAUGUAGGGCAUUUAGGAAUUGGCAGUCUUCCUAUGCCACAGUAAAUUAAUCCCUUUUCUGUUCUGUAUUAUAAUGAGCAGUUGCUAUUAUCAAGAUACAUUUCUAAAGAAACAAUUAAAAGAGGUUUCUUAAGUUUUAUAAUGUAUUUUUCCAUAUUAAAAAUAUCCUUCCAAUAAAAAGUAGCCUAAA